CAAUAUCUUCUCAUUAAACAUUUCUCAGCCAGUUCCUGAACCCUCGAAAACAAAACUUUGCAUAGAUUGUACGCGUUCUAAAAAAAUUUGGACUGCAUCUCGUUAUAAAAAAUUACGUAUGCGAAUGACCUCCGAACUGCAGUAUAUUUGAUAUUUUCUUCAUAUUAUCUUUGGGAAAGUGCAUUGUGGGAAACGAGAAUGUAACGCCAUCGUAAUGUAUAAUAGAAUCAGAUAAUCUGUUUGUUUGUUUUGCUUUUUUAAGUUUUUACGUUGUAACAACGCGUGAUAUAAAGUACUUCAAUAGAGUAUUCCUAUCUUGCGUUUUAUACGUGAGCACCAUUUGCUGUGAUAUUCUGACAGAUGUAUUCCUGUUGAUUGGAUCAAAGAUCUUCGUCAAAUAAGAGGAACGCUUAUUAGAACGAUACAGAAGAAAGCUUCUGGCGUUUUGAACACCAAAGAUACUUACGAAACACAAAUUCAAGAAUGUACUGGAAGUUCAAUCAGUCGACAUCUCCUCAUAUUGAUGUUUUAUUGAAUAAUAAGGAUGUCUCAGUAUAUGAAUUAUUGGAUGAAGAGGAUGUAAUUCAAGAAUGCAAAAUUCAAAACAAAAAGCUGAUAGAAUUCUUAUCAAGACCAAGUGUAAUGGAAGAAUUGAUAUCACUAACUUUAGAUCCUCCUGAUAAUGUAGAGGAAAGAUCUCGAUAUAAAUACCCGAAUAUAGCAUGUGAACUGUUGACUUGUGAUGUGCCAGCAAUUAAUGAAAGAAUUGCUGGCAAUGAAACGUUACUUGAAAAGUUGUACAGCUUCCUUGAGAGAGAUGCACCACUAAAUCCAUUGUUGGCCUCGUUCUUCAGUAAAUUACUAAGUGUGCUUAUUACAAGAAAAGCUGAGCAGAACUGGUAUUCCUAUCAGUUCACUUGCUUGCAGGUACUUGAGUUCUUAAAGUCAAAAGAAAACUGUGUGGAUUUACUGCUCAAGCAUUUGGGAACUUCAGCCAUCAUGGAUCUUGUAUUAAAACUAAUCACACAGAUUGAAGGAGUACAAAUGAAACAGAACAUUCUCACAUGGCUUAAUGAUCAGAACUUAGUGCAAAAUCUGGUAGCACUUCUGGAUCCUUCAGUAGAUUCAGACCGUCAUGGUAAUGCUUCCCAGCUUUUGUGUGAUGUGAUAAAAAUGCUACGAGAGAACCAGAUGAGUACUACAGAUCGUGCAUCUUUUGAUCCUAUUUUGGAUGCCAUAGAAUCUCCAGAUACUGUAACACAAUUACUGGAUCAUAUGCUGGGCCCAGAGAAAUGUGAAACUGCAAUAGUAGGAGGUAUCUCAGUUCUACUUGCACUUCUGGAUCAAGGAAAAGAAAGCCCAAAUGUCAAUGCUACAUUCGCUGUUAUGAGUACAUCAGGUGAUGACGCACUUUCCAGUGAUAGUGAAAGGACUUCUAAGGUCAUAUUGAGUACAACAAAUACAAUUAUACCACGCCUGAAAGAUUUCCAUAACCUGUUGUUGGAUCCACCCCAUAAACCCAGUAUCAAAACUACUGCAGGUGUAUUGGAUCCACCAGUUGGUAUAACAAGAUUGCAAGUUGCAAAGCUACUUGCUGCAAUGGUUGGUACAAAUAAUGUGGCAGUUAACAAAGAAAUAACUGAAUUAGGAACUGUAGAAGUUCUGUUAGAUCUAUUUUUCAAGUACACGUGGAACAACUUCUUACACACACAAGUGGAAAAGUGUAUUGCAUUUGCUCUGAAUUCAGAACUAACGUGUACAAAUAGUGAUGACUCCCAGACGUAUGUUCUUCUAUCACAUGUUUUCAUACAGUGCAAACUCCUUCAGCGAAUCCUUGAUGCGUGGGAAGACAAUGAUACGAAACAAUCAAAACCAGGUGGUGUGAGAUGUGGCUAUAUGGGACACCUAAUUAAAAUAGCAAAUCACAUUGCACAACAUGGUGAGAAGGAACCAUUUGCAUCACUACUUAAGCAAUAUGUUUCUCCAGACAUAAUUGCAGCAUGGGAAAAAUUUGUAGCAGGUGCUUUAGCAGAUAUCAACCAAACACAUCGUACUUGCAUGACUUUUCCUGAUUAUGAGAUACCACAGGUGGCUUCACAAUUCAUUGAUAACUACAGUUUCCAGGAUGAUGAAUUUGCUGCAAUUGAGGAUGGAAACCAGUUGAAGGAUGACAUCGAUCAACAGGAAGAUAUUUUCGGCAAAUUAUGUGCUGAAAAAACACAAACAUUGGAAAAAACGGAUGAUGAAGUUUGGGAUGAUCAAGAACAAGAAUUAAACUUCCAGUCAGUCAUAGAUUCAAAAGCAAGCACAUGGCAAAAUGAAGAUGAAGGUACAGGGAACAGCUCAGAUGAAGAAGAAAGGGGAACAAUUGAUGGUACAGAGAUACUCCACAUGGAGAUAGACUCAACUGAUCCUUGGGAUGUGGCACACAUCAAGGGGUCAUCAGAUGAUACUACUUUCAUUGAAGACAUUGCAGCAGUACCAGAAGAUUCAGUGUUCUUCAAAGAUAUUGCCCCAGUGGAAGAUGCAGAAAAUCCAUGGAGCAACAGUGGUAACAGUGGUAACUCUGGUGGUGUGGCAGUGGCCGAUCAAGGCUGGGCAGAUUUUGGUUCGGCAGGCUUUGCAGAUUUUGAAGCCAAUUUUGGAACAUCAGAAGUGAAUGAAGGUCAUAAGUUUGAAUCGGGCAUGCAGAAAACAGAUGAAGAUGGAGGCAACACACACAAGUCUGAGUCUGUGACUGACUUAGCAGACAAGCUUGGUGCUAUGGGAAUUAAUAAAUUGAAUGAACAUUUGAACGCAUUGGAAACAAAUGCCUGUGAACCUACUGGAUCUCUUCCAAAAUCAGAUGAUAAUGCAAAUUGUAGCUCAUCCUUAGAAAAUGAUGCUCAGCUGUUAAUGGACAACUACAGAUUCUUAUCAGCCCAGGGCCUAAUGACAGUCCCCUCAGCCUGUGAAAGUAGUGACUGCAACAGCAGUUCAGCUGGCAGUGAGAAUACAUCUACCAUUGUUAAUAAUAGUGCGAGCAGCAGUAAACAAACUGAAGAACAACAACAACACGUGCUCUUGCCAAAUACUGAACUAUUAGUUGCAGAGAAUGGACCAAUAGAUCCAAACAUCCCUGUGGAAGUGGAGGUAGCUGCUGCAUUGCCCAUGCCCAAAUUGAGUGACACAUCACCACCUGCAGAAAAUCCCAAGACAUCCAAUGGGCCUGUUUGAAACUCAGUUUCUGUCUCUGAACAUCAGUCAUAUCAGUGGAAUUGGCCUAUUGUGUAUUCUUGGUGAAUAGGCAUCCUGCCUGAAAACUGAGUUCUGGAAAAACUGUUUACAUUUUGAAUUGGGCAGGUACUAUUGGUUAUGGGAUUGUAUUCCAUUGCUGAAACAUGGUUUCUAUAGGAGGAACAAGAGGACUGAACCUAACUGUAAAAUAGUGUUCCUUAAAAGGUGCUCAAUAACUUGUAUUAAUUGUAUUAUACUCCUGUGAGGUUUUGACUGGGGGAAGUUUAAGCUCCUUUUUUAUGUUGCAAAUUUACUGAAAAAUGUGUAGGAAGUGGAAUUUUUAGAAAGCAGCAAAAGGUGCCUAUGCUUACAAAAAUAAGUGUUCAAAGUGAUGAAAGUGAUCUUUAAACAUGAAAUUCUGUUUAAAAAUUGUUGAAAAUUGUUAUUUAGCAUGGAAUGGGAUAUGUAAUUUAAAAUCUCAAAAUAGUAGUGACUUGAAAAAACAUUCUGUGCUGAAAGAAUAUUCUGUGAAGGGUGCAUAUAAUGAUCUGUGUGUAUAUGUUAGUGUCUAUACAUGAUUGUGGGUGUGUGUGUUUAGUGUGCUCUUGUAUAUUUGUGGACAUGAAAUGGCACACUUGCAUGUAAAGAUUGUGUACUUCAUCCUCAGGAAUUUAUCAUCGUUGAAAAGACUCCUGUAAAUAGAUUGAGUUGUUAGAUUAAAAUAUCAGAGCAUGUAUUUAUUUUAAUUUUUUAGAAUAUGUGGAUGUACAUGUAAUUGGAGUGUAAACCUGUUCCUUACGAUUUCUGUGAUUUAUGCAGGUGCCUCUUUGUAAGGGAAAGAUUAUUGUAAGAAAUGAUAUUGUCUAUGCUUCCCAUUGAGAGACAGAGUGAACUAAUUGUUUUGUGAUUAGUUUUGUAAUAUAUGUUCAUAUGAGCCAUCUUAACAUGAAUGUUACCUUUACGGGAGUACUGCAAACCAAAAUUGUGUCUACAGAUGGUGGCAUUGCUUCAGGAAUGCAUUUGCAGUUUUUGAUACUCUAAUCUUAUUUAUUUUUGCACAUUUUUGAAGUUCUUCCAUCAUCUCAUUUUAUCAAAUUGUAAAAUGUAGCAGUAUUACUUUAGCAGGAAAGGUACAGCAUAUAGCAGUUUGAAAGUCACCUUUAUAUGUAUCUUUUAAUAGACAAACUUAAGUACUGUCUAAAUCAUUCUUAUUGGCAAAGAGCUGUGCAAUCUAUUCAGUAUUGUAUGUGUCUGUGGAAGUGUUCAUAUGUUCCCAUUACUUUGUUUCCUUAAAAUGGUCAGUAUGGAUCAUUAGUUGCUUGUGUUACAUAUCAUAAAAUAAUUUCCUUCUAUUGUUUUUAAUGACUUAGAUUGUAGGUGCAAUAAGUUUUGGACAAUAGAGCUGUUUAUUUUCAAAGGACAGUUUGUUGAAUUUGCAAUAUAAAAACACCACUCCAUGGAACAAUAUAUUCAGAGCAAUGGAAUACAGGCCCAGCCCUCACCAGUCUGUAAAUGAUGGAGUCACAUGUAGAGAUAAAUGCAAACAGUAGCUUCAAGUAAAAAAAAAAAAGAAGGAAGAAGAACUCCCGUGCAUAUUUGUUACCAAAUGAAUGGUUAUUAUAUUGGCAUAUCGAUAAUUGUUGCAGUUGAAAAGCAAUACUAGUAUAAAUACUGUAUCACUUCAUUAUUAAUACUUCCACAGUGAAAAAAAAUAAUUUCAUAAUCAGUUAGAUCCAUUAUUUCCUGUCAUUAUCUUCACUUUUAAAAUACAAAGCGAUUUUUAUAAACAUUUUGUGAUACCUGUGGUCUACUUCGUGUUGUUUUAUUUUGAGACCUUUACAUUGAUUUCAGUUUUUAAAAGUUUCUUAAUAUGACUGUGGUGCAGCUGUAUCCUUGUUUUGAUCAAUUUUAUUUUUAUGUGAUGUAGUUGUUAGAAGAUAAAUAAUUAGAGACCACACAGAUUCCAUGUAUGAAUUACAGACUUUUAGAGAAACUUGAGACUUUUGUGAACAUACAGACACAUAAGUAAUUUUGUUAUUUUAAUAUUGAAGUUUCCAAAGGUUACCACCAUUUCUGCCUGUGAAUUCAUAACCUGUGAUAUAUUAAUUUUUUAAAAAGAUGCAGUUAAGCUCAAAAUAUUAAACUUCAUGAUAUUUCAGAAGUGCCAGGGUGCAAUUUUGGAAUAUUCCAUGUUGUAAACAUUCUUUAGCAGAACUGCCUUAUAUAAAAUGUUAAACACACAAACAGUACAAGUGUUAUUUUACAUAGUAUAACAAGUGGUGUAUAUGUUGAAAUGGAAAAUAUUGCAACUAGAAAUGUGAAAAACAGUUCUUGUUAAUGUAAGGUCCAAAUUUUAUAACCUUAUAUAAUUGAAAAUGCUUAAUGUUCAAAAGGAAAUACAAACCAUUUAUUAUA